CAAUAGGGCCAGGGUCAGGGGCGUGGCGGGAUGUUUGAAACUCGUAGCUUCGGGAGUUGAGCCUAGAGCUGCUGAACACCCGAAGGUGGACUUGGGGCCCGGCAUCCCCUUUGCACCCCGGGCCGGGCCCCACCUACCAGUUGAGAUGGGCUCAGCCAAGAGCGUCCCAGUCACCCCCGCACAGCCUCCGCCACACAACAAGCUUUUGUCUCGAGUGGCGGACCCCCGUUCUCCUAGUGCCGGCAUCCUGCGUACUCCCAUCCAGGUGGAGAGCUCUCCACAGUCAAGCCUAUCAGCAGGGGAGCAGCUGGAGGGUCCUAAACAAGCCCAGGACACAGAUCCCCGCUCUCCUACCCUUGGCAUUGCACGGACACCUAUGAAGACCAGCAGCGGAGAUCCUCCGAGCCCACUGGUGAAACAGCUGAGUGACGUAUUUGAGACCGAAGUCUCCACAUCGAGUCUUCCCCCAGAGCCUGUUCUGCCCCUGGAGGAACCUUUACCUUCUGAAUUGGACUUGCCUCUGGGUACCCAGUUAUUCCUUGAGGACCAGAUGCCAUCUUGGAACCAGACUGAGCUCCCCUGCAAACAAGCUUUUUCCAAGGAGGAAGCAAGACAAUCCCCCAAAACUCCUGUGGCCAGCCAGAGUGGAGACAAGCCCUUGAGAGACCCUGAGACUCCCCGAUCUUCAGGCUCUAAGUGCAGUAGACGGAAGCCAAACAGCAAGGUCCUAGGGAGAUCCCCCCUCACCAUCCUGCAGGAUGACAACUCCCCUGGAACCCUGACAUCACGACAGGGUAAGCGGCCUUGUCCCCUAAGUGAGAACGUUAGGGAACUAAAAGAAGGAGCCAUUCCUGGAACUGGACGACUUCUAAAACCUGGAGGACGCGCACUGGAGCAAGGCCAGGGCCAUGACAAGGAGAAUCAGCACUUUUCCUUGGUGGAAAACUAAGCCCUGCAUGGCCCUAACACCGGGCUCACCCAGAGCCUGGUGAUACUGUGCCUCUCCAUCCCUCUUUCCCACCAGGACUAAGGAAAAGCUUGUUUUCUUUGACUUCUCCUAAACAACUAAUUCUGGGACCAAGAGAGCUUUACUGGGCUUUCUUUGUGUCU